AUGUCUUCUACUACCCUUUACUCUCCUAUCUACAAAGCCUCUGAUGUAGGCAACACCGCCAGGGAUCCAUUCGGUAUUCUUCCAUUCAAUAGGAGGAUACGUGAAACCAAGAAUGUCGUUCUGGAAUUCAAAUUUGGGCGCUUACAGCCCUGGAGCUGGCCUCUAAACAACAGUGUCAUCGUUCCCCCAGCAGAUCUCCAAGACUAUCGUCGUACUCAUUUAAUGCGAUUUCCACAAUGUCUUUGUGGUAUCAACAAGGAGGCUGGCGAUCCUACCGUCAAUACGGAAUCUGUUGUUUUCCAAAUGGUUAGUGGGGGGCUACAGGGCUGUAUUGUGGCGGCUUGUGUUAAUCGAAGCUGCAAAUACUUCAUUAAUCUUGAUAGAAUCUUUCGGGACACAUCUUCACCUGAGUUCCGUGUAUGUGAAUACCCGCUUCGUACUGCUGGAGAGCUUCCACCGCCCCCACUUGUCUUUGAUGCUAAUGAUUUCAAGUAUGAGGACGAUGUGCCUUCAAGUUCACCUCCAUCUAUUCUUCGGAUGAGUCCAUCCAAACGUUUAAAGUGGCUAGAGGACGAGUCUAUUGCAAACUCCACGUACACAAGAUAUCUUAAGCGAAAACACGAGUUUCCAUCUACUCCAGAAAGCUCUCAACAAGCUAUUAAGCGCCAGCGACUUGAGCUUUCUGGAUCUGGAUCCUCGUCUUCAAAAGGAAACGCUCAAGCAUUAAGACCCUUGAGUUCCUAUCUUCGAAAGGCAAGCCCUCCGGCACCUUCUGAAGUCGGAAUUGUUACCCUUUUAUUAUCUUUGGACGACAACGGCCUCUCAAUGCGAGAGUUUCAACAAAUCUGCGUUGUUUGUAAUGCAUGUAAUAACUGGGUUGGCACUCCAAGUGCUUUAGAGAAGCAUUAUUGCUCGAGGAUUGCGCAUGCCCAGUCUGACGAUGUUUUUAUUGAUCUUACUUCGGAUUUGGAUGACUAA